AUGUCGGCCUCGUCGACAUCAUCAGCAUCGUCGUCGACAUCGCCGGAUGAGAAUGAGAAGGGAGCUGGACCAACUUGUCCCACUAAGCUGUUGCACCAUUCGACAAUUGCGCACACGUUCUCGAACUCGUCGAUGUCGACGUUGGACCGAAGCCAAUAUCAGCAUUUGUCGAUAUCGGGCGCCCGACGAGUCACCGUCCAAUUUGGCGCCAUGAGAAUUGUGGUGCCGUGGAAAGAGAGUAAUCACACGACUGUCAGACAACUCGCCGAACAGGCGCUAAUUCGAUAUAAAAAAGCGCGAGGACUUGCGAAAAACGACGAAUCGAUACGAGUUUUGCGAUUGGAAUGCGCUUCGGAUGGCGGUAUUCUUGAUAUGGAUGAUGAGCUUGAUGAUGUUUUUGAUAUUGCUUUUGAUCAGAUUCUCGCCAUCACCGAUGAGCCGCCGAGUUCGUCCGAAUACGCGACGGUGCAGCGAACGAACACGAGUCAACAUCAUUACGCGCAGCCGAUUCCGGCGUCUCGACGCGACGAGCACGCCCAUCUCACGCAAAUUCACAUGACGCCUACAGUAAGCGCAUACGGAAGCGUUUCGAUCAACGCCUCGCCGUAUGGCCAUCAGAGUCGAAAGAAUGAUCAUCUCGACGAGCCGUUGCGUUCGUCGCUUAGAAAAGAGGGCGCGACGCCGCCGAAGCGCGGCGUCACACUGAGUCCCGACGUCGAGAAGCGCAUCGAGGAGAAGCAGAAGCCGAGAUAUGAGAAGAAUCCGGGACGUCUUCAUCGCGGCUCGGAUCGCAAGUCGCGCAUCAACGACGCGUUUCUUGACGCGCGCGAUCGGUUGGCCGAGAGUCUCGACGCGAAAAUGUCGCUGAAGACGGUUCGACGGGCGCCACUGAUUCGCGGGCCGCUUCCGAACACGACUAUCGUCACGCUCGAUCAUUUGGAUGCGUCGGAAGCGGCGGAUCCGCUGGGAAUCGAGAUCAACGCGGUUUAUGACGACGUGACGACGCCGAGCACGUCGAAACUGAGCGCGGUGCAAAUAAUGCGGAUUGAGGAGGGUGGUCGAGUGGCGCGCGAUGGCCGAAUUCAAGUCGGCGACAAUUUGGUCGAGAUCAAUGGGAAGCCAGUUGGCGAGAUGUCGAUUCUACGCGCUCGCGAUUUGAUCGCGAAACUCGCCGCACGCGUCGACGAGGAGAUCACACUGACGAUUGGCAGAUCGCUGGAAUCGUUCAACGUAGGCAAGCCAAUAUUUUCGGCGCUCCAACAGGCGAACAACACGAAGUACAUUGGGCAGACGACGUUGGUGGAAUUGGUGAAAAGCACGAACGGCUUCGGAUUCACGGUGACCGGCCGCGAGACGGUCAAAGGCGAGAAGCUGUUCUAUAUCGGGACGGUGAAGCCGAACGGCGUCGCGUUGGGACACUUGAAGUCGGGCGAUCGGCUUCUCGAAUUGAACGGACAAUCGACGGCGACAAUGACGCAGGCGGAGAUUGUCGAGAAGCUCAAGGAGACAAUGGUUGGCGGAAAAGCGCGAUUUUUGGUUUCGCGAGUGGCUCAGAGCCAUGAGCCCGAACCUGCUCCAGCUCAAACAACUUCCAGUGCCGCCGUCACCGUCGCGACUCCCGAGCCCGAACCCCAACCGCCACAACCAGCACGCUUCAAUCUUGUGAUACCGUUGAACGACACCGGCUCGGCGGGUCUCGGCGUCUCGUUGAAGGCGCGCGUGUCGGUGAAAAGCGACGGGUCUCGACACGAUUGCGGCAUUUUCAUCAAGAACGUGAUGCACGGCGGCGCCGCGUUCAAAGACGGUCGAUUGGCGGUGAACGAUCGGAUUGUGGCGAUCGAGGAGAUCGAUCUCGAGCGUAUGAGUAACGCCGAAGCGAGCGAGCAGCUCACGCGAAAGCUGAAAUCGAUUGGUCCGACGAGCGCGCACGUGAAACUGACGGUGAUUCGCGAUCCGCCGUCGGGUGCGGCGGCGAUUUCGCGAGACGCCUCGCGAAUCACCGUCGACGCGCCGUCGCCGUCGCCCUCGUCGCGCAUCUCGUCGGGCUCGUUGUUGCCGUCGCCGCACUCGGCGGCGUCGUCGUCGAAUUCGCUGAAGAAACGCGAAUCGGUCGCGUCGGACGCGACGCGAAUCGACGAUUCCGAAGUGGUGCCGCCGGACGCGGACCCGUUCGAUCGUGAAGCGCCCGGUCGGAAGAGCCUCAGCGAGAAGAGGGGUCUCGGCGCGGCGUCGGACCCGCAACACAUCAAGUUGUUCCAGGAUAUCAAGCAUCAGAGGCAGAAUAGUGCGCCACCAACGUCGCGGCCAUCGGAGAAGCGAAGUCGAUCGCAACCGCGCACUUACUCGCAACGUGUCUCGAAAUCACCGAAGACGCCCGACGGCGAGAAUCUCGCGGUGCCGCCGCUUGGCGAACAAUUGCUUCAUCGCAAAUCGCAGAGUAUGGAGAGCAUCAAUCGGCCGGCGGAUAGUGUGCUGCGCGGCACCGCCGUCGCCGCCGCCGCCGAGCAUCCGUUUCCGCCCGGCGGCUCGCCGCUGAUGCGCCUCAAAUCGACGGCGGCGGCGACACGCGCCGACAAAUCGCGUCGCAAAAGUGUCGGCGACGCGAUGCGAAGCUUUUUCGGCUUCGCCGCCGCCAAAUCGAGAGACUCGUCGCCGGAAAAAGCGCCAAAACACCAAAGAUCUGUGAGCCCUCCUCGACGCGCUGCCUACGCUGAUCCAUAUGGAGAUCCGUACUUGAAUACGCCGAACGACGAUGAUUGCGGAAUUCAGUUGAUCUCAUACACGCCGCGUCGCGAUGAUGGCGGCGGCGGCGACGACGACGAGAUUGUCACGAAUUUCGGAAAUUCGCGAUUCUAUUCGAGUUGUCGCGACGCGCCUGAUCGAACUAGGUAUCGACACACAAUCGCAUUUCUGAUUUGCGACACGCUUGCACGACGCAUUCCAUUCCUGCAUGCCGCUGCCGGUUACGAAUCGUACGCUGACGCAGAGCUCUACGACCGUUACUCGGCCCACCGAUAUCUUCCAGCAGGCCAUCACGCCCACUUCCAGCAGCAGUACGACGAUGACUAUCUCAUGUAUGCCGCGGGACCGUCGGCCUAUGGAUUAUCAGCAUACCACGACAUUCCGAUCGCCGCCGGCGGCAGUGUCUCGUCAGCAUCGCUGCGUCGAGCCUACGCCCAACAGCAGCAGCAGCAGCAGCUUCUACCGUCCGCUGCCGGCGUCGCCCUCGAUUAUGACGAGUCUCGAUUCGGAACCGCGACGCGUUCGGCCGCCCAACACCACCAUCAUCAACGACGGCAGCGUGCCGCACCAACAAAUGCCGCCAACGGCGACUACUAUCGGAUGUUCAACUCGUGGUUCGCCUACACGGGCGGCGGCGGCAUCGGAGCGGCUCCGAUCAUCAAACAGUCGCCGGUUCGAAUCGCCGCUGCCAACGGGAUACGCGAUCGAGAGGCGGCGACGCGACUCGCCGGAAGCGGCUCGUCGAGCUCGCGAGUCUUCAUUCCGCGACAUGCUGGCGGAAUUGCGGCGGCCGCCGCGUUUGCCGGAUACCAUCAUCGGUCGGGCGGCGGAGGAGUCGGACCAUCGCCAACACCGCCACCCGAACGAGCAUCACCGGCGUUCCGUCGACGUGACACAGCUACAGCCACAGCAGGUCAUCGUUUUCCCCAAUUCCCAAUAGCCUCAUCUUCAAUGCGUAUGUCAGCUUCAUCUCGUCCGCUUGCCAUGUCAGAAAAUCGCCGAUCCGCCAAUAUUCAAACGCCUGAGCGGCUUUCGCUAAGAGCUCGCAAAAAACUUCAACAACACCAACGUCCGCGAAGCGAAUUCUACGUGAACUCAGAGAAUUCGUCGGAAAUCCUUUUGCCGCCGUCGACGUCGUCGAUAAUGUCGACGUCGGAGAGUUUCCGCGCGACGAGUAUACCAAUAUUGCGCCAAAAAUCCUAG